AUGCGGCAUGCCUCGGAGGUGGACGAGGCAGCUGAAGCUCAUCGCAAAGAGCUCCUGGAUAUCGCCACUGCUCGAUUCACCAACAAAACGCUCCAGCAGUUUAAGGAGAUGGAGGCUGCGCUGUCUUAUCUCGGCCAGCGAUGGCAUCUUCACUGUGUCGCAGGUCAAUAUGCCAUCGAGCUGUGGACAGGAAGGAUGAGGCCGCCGAAGCGACUGUUGGCGACGCGGCCGCGGGUUCGCGUCGCCAGCCACCCGAAGAAGGGCGUUUGCCUGAACUUCCCGGUGGAUCUCUCACAGCUAAUUCACACCCGCAUGCGGCUGCUGGUCCUGCUGCGGGGCCAGGGCCGCAAAGGCAGGAGCCAGGCACUGCUUCCACCACCUUGGGAUCCCAGCAUGCCGCGUCCGGAAGGACUUCACAAAGCGCUUCUGCAAGCGGAGAUGCUGUUGGCGGAUGCCCUAACCUUCCACAUGCUGCGAGACCGCGUUAUGAUCGCCUCGCAGGAGGAGCUUCGUCGGGAGGGCUGGCAAAUCAGCCGGGUGGCCUCCCACGAGGUUGUCUUGGCGGUGGAAAGCCUGGACUUCCGACGCCUAGAGCUGACGGUCGCCCUUCGUGCGCCUGGCGCGGAGGAGGUUCCGCCACCUUCUGAGCAAAGUGAUCCUGUCUUUGACUGGCUGGCUGACGCUGCAGCGGCGCAGCUGCGAGAGAUGUACUUGCUGCCCCAGAAGUCCAAAGAGGCUUCCGAGACCAGCUCUCAGGCUCCAGUUGAGACUGAGAUGGAUCUGUUCGAGGCCUUCGAGGUGUCUGAUUGA